AUGGCAAGUACCAACGCGAGCGGUUUCUUCUCCUCUCUGUCCUCCCUCUUUGGCGGUAGUGGUUCGACCAGUUCGGGAUCCAGCGGCUUUGGCGAGCGGAAAAAGUCUGCAUUCGGGAGCGGCCUACCUUCCUCGGCGAGAAGAGGACCUCCUGGUCGCCUUGACGAAGACGGAGGCGCCUGGUCACUACCAUACAGCCAGUAUCCAGCGACACCCAAUGGAGGAGGGUCAGCCCAUGGCCAGUACCCUAGUCGAUCGCCAGGCGUCAGUGGCGGAGCGGGCUUUGGCAGAUUCGAUUCGGCUAGCCAGACAAACCUGUCGAACAUGACGCCGACCCAGUCCACUUCGACGCUGGUCCCAGCACAAGGACGCCCGUCAAUGACGCUUUCCUCCAACGUCUCGAUUCCAUCGACGGCCUACCCGCCCCUGCGCCAUACGUGGAAACGCAUCCGGGCCUGGUGCGAGAAUCACUACUCUGAGCUUGGCGACACACUCAACUGGCCAGCUACCGAGGCGGCCAUCGACGACUUGGAGCUGACAAUUGGCUUCACCCUGCCCCCGGCCGUCCGCGACAGCUAUCUAUGCUACGACGGGCAGGAGCUCGAAUCAAACAACAGCUGCAACGAUGGUCUCUUCUUUGGCCUCCCUCUCUUGAGUCUCGAGCAGAUUGCCGAAGAGUGGCGCUUCUGGAGAAACGUCGAUGAGGACCCCACCUCGGGGGCCAAUGCCGAGGUCAAGGGAUGGAUGAGCUCCUGCCCCGCCGGUUGGGUACGCCAGGAGUACUCGUGUCGGGGCUGGAUCCCUCUCAUGACCGACCACGUCGGUAAUUACAUUGGUGUCGACCUGACGCCUGACCCCAGCGGUGGCGGCGCUCCUGGCCAGGUCAUACUCUUUGGGCGAGACUUUGACACAAAGAUUGUCCUUUGGCGCGGCGAAGGCGAGGGUGGCUGGGGCCGAUUCCUGCAGUACUUUGCCGAGGAGCUCGAGUCGGGCGAGAUGUGGACGCUGGACGACCUGAGCACCGGCAGCGAAGACGAGGAAGACGCCGUGGGCUACGAGAGCUACUUUUCAGGAGGAGGCUCGGGUGCAGGAAAGGGCGGUGGCGACCGCGGAGGCGAGGGCAUCGCUGGUUUCAAGCUGACGGGCGAAUACAAGGGCUGGCCGGUGCUGGAGGCCUGGGCAGACCGCUCGAUGCGAUGCUGGGAGGAAAUGGGUAUGCCAAUCGGCCAACCGCCAUGGCACCCCGAGCCGCCGAGCGUGAUUCUCGAAGAGGUGACUGGGUCACGGCCGGUCAACGAAGACGGAGAGGCCAUCGAUGCCGAAGGGAGUGGGAGCCGCGGACAGGGUCCUCAUGACCCGUCUGCGUCUUCUUCAGGAGCAUCCGUGCGCAGGGACUCGUCGUCGCAGCACAGCGAUGGAGGUGCACAGGAUGAUGGUACGCCGCGCGCGCACCCGCUAGAGGGCCCCUCUGAAGACGUCUCACAGCCUGGCACGCCCAAUGGCCGUCGAAUCACAGACACUCUCUCUCCUCCACCUCCCUCGACCAAGGCAUCGAGGAGCCGGCAAAAGCAACGCGAGGGCUCCGACUCUUCACUGCAGCAGCAAAUUCAGCAGCAACGACCCAGGAAGCCGGUGCCGGCGCCGGCCGCUCCCCUCGACCUUCCGACGAUCGACGAUGUACGGGCGGCUCACGCCGCUGCCAUGGCU